UGUGGCACAAACGGCUAAAAUUUCUAAUGUCAAAUUGACGGUCCGGUUCAGUAACGAAAACGAAUUUUGCAUUUAAAAAUUAGUUUUAAAUAAAAAAGAAAAAUCAGCAAGUAGCUCAUAAUUAAUAUUCUUGUAUAUUGGAUAGUGAUACAGUGUAACUGAAGAAACAUUUAAAAUGGAACCUAUGACUUUAGGAAGUCCAACUCACUCUCCUUCCGGGAGCCCUAACGUGGGAUAUUUACCUCCCUUCUUGUUAGGCGAAAUAAAUCCACCUACAAUGACGCCUAUGUCCCCACGGACUAAUAGCUUAUCACCGACAAAAGGCCGGAGCCUUGCUUUUGGAUCGCCAACCAGCCCAACUCAAACCUCCACACCUGACCAGAAGCUGUACAGACAGAAUGUGUCAAUGCAAAAACAAGCCUUGUACAACAAUCAGAACAUGUAUCCUAAUAUCCCUCAGUCACCCAAUGUAUCAUUUGCUGCAAAAACCAAUGGACCGCCCAUAGAAGAUUUAUUUGACACAAUAAAGAGUGAACCUUCUGUCAACAAGUCAUUGUUUCAAGACAACAGCUUUUUAGGCUACAGCAAUAAUAAUUCUUUAAUGCAGAACUCUUAUGUGAAUAAUGUCAGCAACCAGUAUGGUGCGUGGCAAGACGGAUGCCAGGAGACGGAGGAGUAUUGGGUCACUGUUUUUGGAUUUCCACCGAAUGCAGCAAAUACAGUGCUUGCUAGAUUUAGUAACUGCGGUGCCAUAUUAGAUAAACAGUACCCCACUCCAGGCAACUGGGCUCACAUCAGAUAUUUGACUCGUACAGAGAAGGAGCGAGCGGUGGCACUCAACGGCAGACAGGUGCUGCCCGGCGUCAUGGUGGGCGUCGUGGAGUGCCGGGAGCCACCGCGGAUGUCCUCCACCAGCCCCAAUGUUACCACAGAGAGACCUGUCACUGCAAGAUCUUUAUGCCAUUCGCCAAUUUCAAACGCCCCCAUGCCUCAAAGGUCCAGCGGACUCAUAUCAAAAGCGCUAGACUACGUCCUCGGCUGGUGACAAAUACUUUACUCCUGAAACUCCGUCGUGAGAUGACCUAACAUCAUGAUUGACAUAUUUUUUUAAUAGGCAAAACCACUUAUGACUUAACUCUUACGCCACAGACUAAAUAACCAAUACCACGCCUGCAAGCCAACGCGCCACGACAUGAUUAUCUCGUGAAGAAAUUAUUCGAUCAAAAAUAAAAAAAAAAAUCAACCAAUUUCCAACUUAAAAACUAAUCUAAACUAAAAAGCAAAAAAUAUGUGCCUAUGUGCUGCCUUCUGAUCAGUUUGCAAGCCAGUGAUGUUUUCAUUCAAGCCGUUUAAAUUACAAAAUUUCUGUGGUUCUUUCAGAAACGGCUUUAAUUAAAACAUGACACUGGUUUGGCACCGCCUUCAAACUGAUCAGAAGGUAGUCUAGGUAAUUAAAGCCUUCAAAACAAAAAAAGAAUUUUCAAAAUCGGUCCUUAUAUGACGGAAUUAUUGCUGGACAUACAUUUAAAAAAAACAUACGAACGUAGAACCUCCUCCUUUUUGGAAGUCGGUUAAAAAGCGGCCGUAAUUUCUCUCUCUCACAAAGCCUGUGCCGGAUUAAGGUAACUUUACGCUCAAUUUGUGGGGCUGUGGGCCCCUCUACCUAUCCUUAAGUGACCUACAUUUUUUUUUAUAAUAGUUGAUAAGCAGUACGUACUGUAGAUAGAGUAUUUAUCAAUCAAAGUCAACUUGAAAUGCGUGGAUUUUGGAAGAACUUAAACUUUCGUGUGCUCGUUUUUUUUCUCGGUCGUCAUAUCAUUAUCAUAUCCUUACAUAGACAAAUAAAAUAGGCUAAUACAGGACUGCCCAACGCAACGAAAAAGAGGCAUGUUUCCAAUUCGGCACAAUUGGUCAUUUUAUAAUUUUACAACAUGACGUUUUGUCUUGACGACGACGACGAUUGUGGCGCGAAUAUUAGGCCUUCUGGCGUGCAUCAACGAUGAAAGAGAUUAUAUUGUAAACAGUGGCGUAGCGAUGUGGGGGGGGGGGGGUGCAGUGCCCCGGACGGCAUACGAGAGGAGGUGGCGGCAAGUGCCAUGGUUUUAUCAAUUGAAAUAAAAAAAAAUUAAAUGUCAAAUGUGUACGCCUCAAAAAAACUCAUUAGAGAACAUAUAAUUAUUAUUAUUGUCUCUCUAAAGUUUGUAAUAAUGUUGGACUUGCUCGGUUAGUCAUACAUUAUAGAUCCUCUUUCUGAAUCAGUGAUAGCUUAUCUUGAUUUUUUAAACAUACGAAAGUCUACGGUAAGUGUAGGUACGAUGUAAAUUGAACGUCUGUACGUAAAUCAUGUUUUACAUACAAUAUAUUUUAAAAUAGAGAGAUGAAAUAUUAGCCGGCGUCGGGGGAUGAGAACGCACACUACGUCACUGAUUGUAGAUCACUUUUGGCGAAAUUAAAAAUAUCGCUCUUUCGUCGCGGUGCCGGUGUGACGAUUAUGUGUAUGUUUUUUCUUUAUAUUUUGUUGAGCUAUUUGACUCCCACUAAUUUAACGCAUUUUUAAGGGCACUUUUUUACAGAGACCGUUCUAAUCUCAGACCAAUUAACUUUGGAUUUGUAUCGCACUCAAAUUCACCGAAAAUAUUAAACACCAACAAAUAUACCUUGUGUCCGUACACUACGCACAACAAUAAAUUUAAAUACACACGUGUAAUUUUAACACAAUCGAUUCUAAAGACGCAGUUUAUAUAAACACGUUAGAUCGUGAUCCUAUACCUAUUUUUAAGAGAGGGUAACGUCUGGUGAGGCAGGUCCUAUAGUAAUUGGUCUGAGGUUCUAAUCAAUCUGCCAUGCGUUAAAUUAACUAUUAUUGACUGACAUAUAUGUCUAUAUUCAUGUUCAUUGUUGUGUUUGAACGAAUAUCAAUGCACGGUAAUCAAUGGCGUAUCUACCCAGGGGCUAGGUGGUGCAUUGCUCUAAUCCUUACCAAAAAAUCGCUUUCGAACUUAAAUUAAAACAUUUCGAAAACGAAAAAGAGCUGAUGAAUAUUUUUACUUCUAAAACCUAAUCAGUUAAAAUGGUAGUGGGGCCCACUAUUUUCACCAGAGCCCUUGGUUACCUAGCUACGCCACUGUCUGUAAUAGGUAAGUAACAUUUUGUAAUGUAUCUCAGACGGCUACGCGAGUUAAGUGAAUAAUUUUAAAUGUACAUACAACAAUUAUGCUGAAUUUAAAUAAAAAGUCAAAUGAAAUAUUCAUAAA